AUGUCUGUUGGCUCGGGGUUAAUUGGUGGUGGAAUGCCUUUUGGACCAUCAUUACAACCAUUCGAACGUCGCCAACUACCACUACGACCAAACAAAAGUUUGACAUGCUUGGCUAAACCGGCUAUCAAUCAAACAGCUAAAGUUCGACAUUCACAGCCAGAUCUAUACAGUUCACUACGUAGUGAACGAUUUCCACUGGAAUUAUGCAAUCAAAUACGUCCACGUCUGUUACCAGCGCCGAAAAGUCAUAUUCCAAAACGGUUCCUGAAACGAAGUAAUCAAUCCGACUUAGCUGUACGAUUACAGAAACAUCACAAUGAAAGUUCGGAUGCACAAAGCAAUGAGAGUACGCCGAGCCGAGAUAUCAGUGAGUGCUUUUUCUUUUAA